AUGUCUUCCGACGUCGUCGACCCGGCCGAGGGUUAUUCGAUGGUUGACAACGAUAGUGAUGAUCUUGUUGAGGUAUUCCCACCCGCUCGUGCAUGCGUCUCUUCUGGCGAACCCUCGUUGGAUGGCUCUGGGGAUGACGAUAGGGCCCUGUCCGACACUGAGAUCCUCCAUGCAGCGAGAACAAAGACGAUUGCCGGCCAAAUGAAGGGGCCGUCGAGUGAUCUGUUGGAGGGAGCCUGUCAAUUGGAACAUGAGGCUCGAGCACGCGGCGAUGAAUGGGAAGAUAUCCUCGGCAGUGGCGAUCUCCUAAAGAAAACUUUAAAAGUGGGCCACGGACAUGAGAAAAUACGCGAUGGCCAGUGGAUUUUGGUGAAGAUUGUCGAUACUUUGCGGGGCAUCGACAGCCACGAAUCUUUUCGCUUCAUCACCGGCUUCGCAAUGGUCAUUGAUGCCUGGGAGCUCGUCGCGAAAUUGAUGGUUGAGGGAGAAAUUUGCGCUAUCAGGACGUCAUCCCGUUUCGCCUAUGGCAGCGCUGGACUCGACGAUCUUGUCGGUCCCAAUCAGCAAAUGGAGUACACGCUCGAAAUUCUUGAGAUACAAGAAUCCCCAAUGUACACCUCGAUGCCGGAGGAAGAAUUGAGCGACUUCUUGUUGAGCCUGAAGGAACGGGGCAACUUCUUCUUUUCGCGACAAGAAUUUGAAAAGGCCAUCUUCGUCUAUAACCGCGCCGCAAACGUGAUCGAAGGACCCGAAGACAGCGAGGGACUACGCAAGCUUUUUUCGGCAUUGAACUCGAACCUCGCCGUUUCUUAUGCAAAGAUGGAUGAAUGGUCAAAGGUUGAAGAGUAUGCGACGAAUGCACUGUCGCUACAUCCCCUGAACACGAAGGCUUUUUAUUAUAGAGCUCUCGCCCUUAUCCGUAGGAACGAAAUUGAACUGGCUCUCUCCGAUCUCCAGGAAGCUGCUGAUAUCGAGCCAAAUGAGAAGUCGAUACUCCGCGAGAUUGAGCGUGUCAAAUUGAUCAAGAAAGAUGCGCGAGAGAAGGAGAGACAAAUCUAUAAGAAAAUGGUGGCCGGAUUGUAUUCCGGAGAAGCACCACAUCCCGCCACCCUGCUCGACAGCAUGAAGCUUUUCCUGUCCUCCCGCCUUCACAUCGCCGUCCUCUCCUUUUUUGUGGUCAUGCUCGGGCUAUUCAUCCACUUCCUCUCACAGCUUAGAGUACGCCUCUUCGAUUGGAUCCAAUACAGCGAAUCAGAAUACAUUAUAUCCAGCGCCAUGGUGGCGGCCGGGCGACGUCCAGAAAAGCAAAACAAGAAUCGAACACGGCGUCGUAACCAUCAUGGAAUCAACGUACCGCUCCACGAGCCGGACCCGAAUUUCCCCUCGCUCGCCAUCAACACCCAGCGCGCACGUCGAUAUACACAAGAACUACGGUAUAUGCAACUGACGCAAACGAUGAAGCCGCAGGGAUCGAUGAUCAGAUUCUAUCAUUUGCCCCACGAUUGUUUCCAUCGCCUGUGGACCUGGUUGCCGAUCGUCCAGAUCGCUCAAAAGUAUACCUAUCGCGACGAUCCGUACGACUGGAUUGUCCAUAUGCCCGUGCCACCGCUCGCCAUCGAGUACAAAAUUCACAAGCGCAUCCCGGAGGACGUGUACAUUGAUGGUGUCGUGCGGAGGUUGAGCAUCAUGCGCUUCCACAAAGUUACUCAGGAUUCGUUCGAGAUGCGGAAUGAUCACUACAGCAUGACCCCAAUCCUGUACGCAGAGCUGCAGCGGCGCAUGGAGAUCUCCUUCAGAUAUGGCGGUGGUUUUCGGCCGACGUGGCGCGGUGCAAGACUUUCCGAAUUGCUGCAAUCAACCCGGAAGUGCUACCUAACGGAGCAGAAAGCUGGCCCGUACAAUUAUGCCCUGCUGUGCGCCCUCAACGCCUGGGAGGUGCGGGCGGCGAUGAAGAAGCGCGUAAACGAGGCCGUCACCGUCAUUCGACAGCAAUUAGGCAGCAAGGAGAAGAAGGACAUUGAAAAAUUGCAGGCCCGUCUAAAACUCAACGAAAACUGGGUGAAGGCGCGCAAGGCUUUGCCCUUGAUGCCUCCGCUGCGCGCUCCUCUCCCGUUGACGCUGAGCAGCUAUCGCCACAGCCCACUGAAGCCGUUCGUCGACUUUCCACAGCGUACCCCUCACGCGUUGUUCAAUGAAAUCGUCGAAUAUCCGCCGCACACAGGCUACACGAUCCGAAUGUGUGAGACGCUGAAAAAGCUGAAGCUGCAGCCAACCCCCGACGGCACCAUCGUGGUCAACAAGGGACAAUGGACGAAAAGCCGCCCAUCCCGCUACGGCCAUCAACCCAUUGCGGCCAUCGUCAACAGAGUGGGCGACAACGUCUACCUGCGCCCCGACAAUUUCAAGGAGAGCGAACACGCUCCAUCCAUCGGCCGCAUCUCCGGCUACAGCACCGUCAGCAGCAUCUCCACGGCCACUACGGGCCCGCGUCAUCUCAAAAAUCAACCGCUCACUAAUCAUCCACGGCACUCGACGUUUGACCAUCGCAGUGAGCUACCGUCCCUCACCGAGCAUUAUUGUGCCAAAAAAGCCGCCGCCGAGUAUCGCCAGCGCCUCGCCAACGAGACACAAUCCGUGCUCGCCGAGCUGAACCGACUCCCCGAUGACGUCCGAAUGGACCCCCGUUUCAUGCAGUGGAUCCAGGGGCUCGAGAUGAAGCCCAAGUUAACGGACCCGGUGGCCCUGGCGCACGCAUUGCAGGUGAGCCUGAUGACCGAGGAGCGACUUGGAGACCUGAUCAAAUUACCAAAGCUAUCGCGCCUGCAGCGGAUGGAGGCGCGGGUUCUUCUUUCCGCUUAUCGGCGUCAGAUGGAGCUGCUCGGCCAGAAUCGGGUCGACGAGCGCACGCUGGAGCUGUUGCCGUGGCUGAUGAACACAACGAGCUCGUGGACGCUGGAUGAGUGCAAUUCGCGUGCGACGCUGAUCCCCCGAUGUGAUCGUCAACUUCUCCGCGCCCCAGAUGCCAUCAUAAACACUGAAACUCGUGCUCGCAUUGCCACACUCCUCUACAUUGUCGCCGCUUUCAUCCUGCUCGUCGCCCUGAUCUGCGUCCUCCGC